AAUGUAACCGGGAGUACCCUUGUAAUCAUUGUACCCGCCGUCGGCGACCAGAGGAAUGCGCUCUAUAGUGCUCCGCCAGCAGAGAAAGCCUUCCAGGAUACGUUCCGCUCGGAAGGUGCGAUAGAUGAGGCUCCGGGUCCCUUUCUCGAGCAUGCACGGCCCUCGAGCAAGACUUCGGGCCUGCAUGACGGUCAAUGUUACUGGUCUAGCCACUGUAGCCAGCACUCAACUAUAGCCAAAUCCUUCGGCUACUUUGAGGACAGCAACUCCAACACAAUGGCGUUGCUACGGGGAGUAGGUUUCUUGCCUCUGGGAAGUGAAAUGGAUCUAAAUGACCCUUCGCCAUCCAUGUGGGAACCUAUCCAACAGGAGCUUAGCCGUAUGCCUCCACGCAAAAUCAUUGACUUUCUCGUACAGUACUUCGUCUAUGAGCUGAAUUGGAUGAAGCAGGUUGUUCAUGCCCCCAGCUUCUUGACCCAAUACCAGCAAUGGUGGGCAAAAGGUAAGCCCGUCGGAGUAGCCGAUGUCGAAUAUGCCGUCCUUAUCCUUCGCAUUUGUUCGUAUGCUACCCAAUUCUUGCCCUCAUCGACUCAUACCACCGACCAGAUCUGUGGUCGAUCGCUCUCGGAGAUCCGCAACACAUGCAGUGACGUCGCAUAUAGCCUUGCCAAGCUCUGCGAAGGUCUUGAUUGGAAAGGAUCAAUGUUCCGUGUUCAGCAUAUCAUUUCUGCGGCACUAACGGUCUCUUGCGAAGGAAGGACUGACCAAUUCUGGGAAGCUAUAGCGUCAGCCAGCCGAGCCGCCCAGAAAGCUGGCAUUCAUACUAACAUUGGAUCCAAAAAGUCGCGUGUUCCACAAAAUGACAGUGCCCAGGAAUUAGAUAAAGAAGUUCGACGAAGGGUUCUUUGUAGUCUUUAUGUCUUGGACAGCCAUUUGAGUCGUCAGCUCGAUCGCGUCCCAUUAUUGCCCGAUCACUUGGUCGAUAACUCACUUCCCCGGCUGCGCUUGAUUCCAGAUGUGGGAAUUAUGUCGGCAGACAUUGAUACGAAUGCACCAGACAUGUUUACCGAACGGCUCAUGCAAGUCCAACUUGGUCAGUUUUGGCGCCGAGUUGGGCCACGUCGAAGCUGUGAUUACGAUCCGACGCAAAGCGAGCAAAGAUACGAGAAGAUCUGCGCCGAAUAUCUCCCAAGCCUGCAUCCGGCAUUUGCAAUAGACUGUCCAGAUACGAAAUGGGACAAUGCCCUGCCAAAGCUACCAAUGCAGAGACAACUUCUGCAUAUCGCAAUUUUCGACUCAGUCUGUUGGAAUUUCCGCCCGCUCUUGUCACUAAAGCCUGAUCAGAUCGCGGAGCUUGCCCCGUACAAGCAAGUGCUUCUCCAAUCACAAAAACGAAGACUGGGCAUGGCUGCAGUGAAAGUACUCGAGGCUGUCACUGCGCUCCAUUUAAUGUUUGGAGGCUCCUAUACUCGGUUUGCCGCUAUAAUAUUCAACACUUUUGAAGCUGCCAUUCUCUUACUUUACCUUUGUUGUCACGGCGACUUCCCCUUUGAUCAGCUAGACGAACACACGAAUGUACUGGGCAUUAAGGCUAAAUUGACGUAUAAAAAGGCCAUGCAGGUUGCUGAACAGGCGAUUGGUCGCCUUCAACUGCUGGCCGAACUCAGCGACAUGGCUGCGACCGGGCUUGGGGUGGCUGCUCAGCUAUGCGCCAUAGCCGCCAAGACAAAAAAGUCGCCAGACUCAGUGGCUCCGGAGUCGUCGGCCAAUACGCCUUUUUGGCAACCUUCUUGCUCGGCUGAUCUGGAGACCGAUAAUGGCAUGGAUUCCCACUCAUGCUUGGGACAAGCCGAUCCCGUAUUGUUGAGCGACAUUUUCUCCUGGACCGCGCAGGGAGACUCGUAUUCAAAGCUUCCUUCCUCAUCUUACGAAUUCCCCAUGUCUUGGGAGGGUCCGGUGCUCUAG